AAUCUAGUACAGUAAAUUCACCAUUAGAAAUUGAAGAACCAGAUAAUACUGUUCAUAUUAAUAAAAAAAAUAAAAGGGGCCAACCCAAAAAUCCACUUUGGGAUAACAAUUUUACAAAAAUUAAUCAUAAUAAAAGUGGUUAUAAAG